AGACAUGGAUCCAAAAUAAUCCAAAAUAACCCCACCUAACUAAGCCAAGACGGCCAAGUACAAAAUACCCUUCUAGCAAGUCUAGCAAGUCUCUACUAAAUUUAUAUGAGUUAGAUAACGUCGUAUCCUAUGAUACAUGAUACAUGCCUUGUGCUUAAUGGGUCAAAUAGGUUAUCGUAAAUUCGACAAUUCGGUAUAGGGCCAUAAAACUCAUCCUCGGCCUUUGGAUCCAUCAGCAAAGCGGAGGACUGAUUUUGGACCCCCUUGUCGGGCGAUUGAUACCUAGGAUAAAAUGUCCUUCGAUCGUCGGGCACAUCCUUUGACAGAUUUCCUCGAAAGAUUACAUCGGUGAUCCCCCGAGACGACUUAGAUUUCACUUCAAUACCUUACCGACAAGAUGGCGAUGAGUCUUUCCUCGCUUUACCUAUCCUUCUUCGCUGCUUUCGACGUAGUGCUAGCAACUAGCCUCAACGUAACGGCUAUUGGCGCCAAGGAUGGCAAUUCCCGUUUUGAAUGCUGGGAGCUUGACGCGCCAUUUGUCUCAUCCAGCCAAACGGGCAUUGCCGGAUCACAGACUACGUUUCUAGGAGAUGUUAGCAACAUUACGUAUAACGUGAUCCCGGCGGGUUUUGACAGCGGAGUCCAUAAUACACCUAGAAACCAAUGGAUUGUUGUCCUUAAUGGACUAGCGGUUAUAACACUACCGGACAAUAGCUCUGUCACCGUCGCGACAACACCGGGAGAGAUGGGCCUGCUAUUUGCCACGGAUACACCGGAGGUCAGCCGUGAGGGCCAUGGCAACUAUUUCCCGGGUGUCUCAGAGACUAUCUUUCUUCAGGUCCCCACGAAGGACGGCGCGAUUCCGGAGCAUAAGGUACUGAACGAUGACGGCCCUUGUACUCCGAACAAGUACACGGCGCUCAGGGGGUGGGCGACUGGUUAGCAUUUUGCUUGUGGCAGACGGAUUAUAUGGUGGGAUAAUUUAAUUAUGAAGGCGAAUUGCAUCUUCCAAAUUCCAUUAAGAAUUUAUCAUGACGGUCUUAGUAAUGAUCAUAGUCAAGAGAGAGACACGUUGAUACCGAAGUUAUCUACGACGUUGACUA